CCUAGAUUGCAGGGGUGACUUGGGGCAUCGCUGGUUGUGGUUGCAACAGGGUCAGGCAGAAGGGCUGUCUGGACAGUCAGCUGCUUCCACGUGUUCUGGCCUUUGCUUGGGUUCUUGCAGGGCUGAAACCCUGGCUCUGACAUGUCUCUGCUCUGACUGCAAGCAAGCAAACUCCACGUGUGAAACGGAUGGUGCCUGCAUGGUCUCGGUCUUCAACCUGGAUGGUGUCAAACACCACGUCCGGACUUGCAUUCCCGAGGCCAAACUGAUUCCUGCUGGGAAGCCCUUCUAUUGCCUGAGCUCGGAAGAUCUGCGUAACACUCACUGCUGCUACUCGGAUUUCUGCAACAAAAUUGAUCUGAUGGUUCCCAGUGGACACCUGAAAGACAACGAACCCCCCUCGAGCUGGGGUCCUGUGGAGCUGGUGGCAGUGAUUGCUGGACCCGUCUUCCUCGUGUUUGUUGUCAUGAUCAUCGUGGUCCUUGUUUUUCACCACCACCAACGCGUCUAUCACAAUCGGCAGCGGCUGGACAUGGAAGACCCCUCUUGUGAAAUGUGCCUUUCCAAGGACAAGACCUUGCAAGAUCUAGUCUACGAUCUCUCCACCUCUGGCUCUGGCUCAGGUUUGCCCCUGUUUGUCCAGCGGACCGUGGCCCGGACCAUUGUCCUGCAGGAGAUCAUUGGCAAGGGGCGCUUUGGGGAGGUGUGGAGAGGCCGGUGGCGUGGAGGGGAUGUGGCUGUGAAGAUCUUCUCCUCUCGGGAGGAGCGUUCCUGGUUUCGGGAAGCAGAAAUAUAUCAAACUGUGAUGCUGCGCCAUGAGAACAUCCUGGGCUUCAUCGCUGCGGAUAACAAAGAUAAUGGAACAUGGACUCAACUGUGGCUCGUCUCCGACUACCACGAGCACGGCUCCCUCUUUGACUACCUGAACCGCUACACAGUGACCAUCGAGGGCAUGAUCAAGCUCGCCCUGUCUGCUGCCAGUGGGCUGGCCCAUCUGCACAUGGAGAUUGUGGGCACCCAGGGAAAGCCGGGGAUUGCUCACAGAGACUUGAAAUCGAAGAACAUCUUGGUGAAGAAGAAUGGCACUUGUGCCAUCGCUGACCUCGGCCUGGCCGUCCGGCACGAUUCCGUUACCGACACCAUUGAUAUUGCACCAAACCAAAGGGUUGGAACCAAACGGUACAUGGCACCUGAAGUCUUGGAUGAAACCAUUAACAUGAAGCAUUUUGACUCAUUUAAAUGUGCCGAUAUCUACGCCUUGGGCUUGGUCUACUGGGAGAUUGCUCGGAGGUGCAACGCAGGAGGUAUCCACGAAGAGUAUCAGCUUCCCUACUACGACCUCGUGCCCUCUGAUCCUUCUAUCGAGGAGAUGCGGAAGGUUGUGUGUGAUCAGAAGUUACGGCCCAAUAUCCCAAACUGGUGGCAAAGCUACGAGGCACUCCGGGUGAUGGGCAAGAUGAUGCGAGAGUGCUGGUACGCCAACGGAGCGGCGCGGCUCACCGCCCUCCGCAUCAAGAAGACCCUCUCCCAGCUCAGCGUCCAGGAAGAUGUGAAGAUCUAGGCCCUGAGCCCCAGCAGGAGGAAACUGCACAAAGCUGCCAUGCUAGAGUAGACGUGUGAUGGAGGCCUACCUCGUGUUUCUGCCCAAUCUACUGCUACCAACCAGACAGCGUGACUCCAGGCUGCUAGGUGGGGUGAUGGAGCCUAUGGCAUUGCUCUUUUCCCUGCUUGGGUAUGAAACAAUCCGAAACCUUUUACGAUCACCUCCUGAGAGCGUGAAGACUUCCCAGAGAGGGGAUUUAACCUGAGGGAUCUCAGCCAUGAUCAGAACUCUUGCUUCUUUAAUGGAAAUCCCUGUAAAGUUCACCCGUGGGCCGGGAUUGAGGCCGGGUGCUGGGAGUGGGAAGGGAAAGGGAAGGUUUCCUUGGCCGUGCUCAGAGGACGUUUUCCAGGGACCGGCACGUUUAAUGCAGCAAAAGCAAAACUCAAUGGUGCUCCCCUCUGAGAGGCUGAGCCUGAACAGUUGAACUCCUUUCCCUCCUUUGUCUUCAGCUUGACAAAGCAAGGCGAGAAGAGCGACGUGUCUGCAUGCCCAGCGCGUCCCCUCUGCUGCUCAGCUCCUCCUGUAGACGUGCAGUGUCUGCCCGCAGGGUGGCUCAUCCCUGUCCGUGCUUCCUGUGCAUGUGCAACUCUCUCUCGAGUGUCCGUUCCUUGAGCUGUGCGCGCUGGUGCUCUCCUUGUUGAGUCGUGAGCAUUGUCUGCCUUGGACAGGCUGCUUGGAGCCGGGUGCUGGGGCCCUGCUGCCCCUGCUGCAGGUUCGCUCACUGCCACCCCCCCUUUCCUAAGACAGAGCACGGGAGGAACACUUUGCUCCUGGAAUCCAGGGGGGGGUUUAGGUCUUCAGCCCCUGGGGGUUGUAAUUCGGAGGGGAAAGAGAGACCUGGGCCACGGAGCCAUGCUGGGGAUGGGGAAGGGGCAGUGCAGGAGACUGAGUGCCCAAUCCAGACACAGGGGCCAGGGGUGCUCUGCUCCUCCUGUGACCCACUCAGGAGCUGACACCGGGCUGUGGGGCUGGAAACCAAUGUCCGUCGUUUUACUAUCCAUAUAUAAAUAGCUCAUAACCUGGAAGUGGCUGUGUAUAACGUGGGGGGGGAUCUGCAUGACUUUUCCUUUGACGAAGUGCUGAAUCAGGGUCAGGUUAGGGAUGGGUGACUGUUGGCUGCAGCAGGACCUGGCAAGAAGGGGAGGUGCUGUGCUGAGGGCUGGCUAAAGGCAGCCAGGGCAGUGCUGGGGUGUUGGUGUUAGGUCAAUCUCUGCAGUGCUUAACUCUGAAGCCAUAACUUUUAACUGGAGUGGGUUUGAUUCUUAUUUUUUAUGAUGAUGAUGAUGAUGAUUUUCUGGGAGGGUCUGGAUUUUAACUUUUUUGAACUAUUGCUACUUCUUUCUACGAGAAGAAACCCCCAAAUCUCUCCUUGUUACCUCUUGUUUGUAAAGAAAUCACUGCAAAAAAAAACCCAGAAAAAAAGAGCAGAAACCAAAUGCACACAGCUCGAUUUACACUGGAACUGCUUCUGCUCAGCCCUUGCUCCUGCUCUGUGCUGAGGCUCCAGCUCUGCUCCGCCCGGCCCCAUUCACUCCCUUUGGUUUGCUCUCUUCUUGCUGUCUGUGUGUCCGUGUGCGUGUUCCUCCCCAGGCUCCGUCUCGUCUGUGACUUGGUGUCAAGUGAGGAGUUUGGGGGUUUUACAUCGUGUUUGGAGCCGUUGUGCAUCCUCCCGGGGGGGGUUGGUGCUCAGGAGGCCUUGGAGCAGUGGGGGGGGUCCCUGGUGGAGUUCGGAGCUCCCUGUUGUGAACCUGCAGCUCCCUCCCCUGGGGUUCGGUGUCAGAACUGGGUCUCCCUUAACCAACCCCACAGGGAAACUGAGGUGGUGCCGCUUCAGAGCCACCAGGGACUCUCCAGCUGCAGCACCGGGGCCCUGGGGAGGAAGAGGAGGAUGAGGAGGCCGUAGUGCCUGUGAACUGCCAUAGGAAAGCCCACGGCGCCGGCGGCUCCAUCAGGCCCCUGCUGCCUGUGGGCUCUGUGCCCGAGGGUCCCAUCCCUGCCCCAGGACCAGCUCAGCUCCUGGCACUGCCUCACUCGCCCCCUCCAACCGUAGCCACACAUGCAUCUGCCUCAGCGCUAAACCAAACAGCAGCCGGAGGAGCCCCAAGGGGUCCCCUGUGAGCAGGAGGAGCUUGGUGUGUGCAGAGAUGGCAUCGGGAGAGGCUCCCUGAGGAGCACCCGAGGUGGGAACGAACGCUGAUUAUGUAGCAUUUAAACAGCACUUUCCAUGCAACCACGUGCGGUGCUGACGGAGCUGACUGGGACCAAGCAUAGGAAUCACUGCCCGGCUCUGGGAUGCGCCAGCUCCAGGCAGUUCAGGACAGGGGAUGAGGAGGGGGAGAUGUCGGGUACCACAGGGCAGAGGUACGGGUGAGCAGGGGUACGCUGGCUUCAGAACCCAUCUCUUGGUACUUCCCUGCCCCUUUUUGGUUUGGGUUUUGUAUGUUUUAUUAGCAAAGGACUGUAAAAUAGCCACUUAGACACUUUACCUCCAGUAUGCAAGUGUAAAUACGGUGUAAGAUAGGAAAUCUUUUUGUUUAAUAUAAACUGAGGCUGUCGAUUUCUGCUGUACAUGAUUAAAAGGUUGUUUUAUUCACGUCA